AUGUCGGCGGACCUGGCAGCGAUCUCCGCAAAUAUGAUGACUCGGAGUGACAAGACGGCAUUAGUAGCCGAGCUCAGAGCGGCCAUCCGUGAAGAGAUCACGGCGGUGAGGAGAGACCUUGCGGUUCUGGAGCAGAGAGUUGAUGACCUGGAGGAAUACCGCUUGCAGACUACUCACCGCUUACAAUCCGCUGACCUGGCGGCCUCACGGCAGGGUAACAUUCUCCUCGACCUCCGACGUCAGGUGGAGGACCUCAAUAAUCGGGGCCGCCGCAACAACAUCCGCGUGAGAGGUAUGCUGGUGUCUGAAGGGGAAUCACCCAGGGAGCUCCUCAAGUUUCUCUUUCACCACAUUCUGGGAGAUGAAGCACUGAUGGACUUCGGCCUGGAGAGAGCGCAUAGAGCACUAAGAGCCCCGCGGAGAGACGGUCUCCCUAGAGACCUUAUCUGUUGCCUGCAGUCAUUCCAGCUCAAGGACGCCAUAAUGAGGGCAGCCAGGACACAACGCAUAAUCGGCUAUGGAGACGCUCACAUCACCCUAUAUCAGGACCUCUCCACGAUGACCCUUGAUGCCCGCAGAGCUCUGAAACCCCUCACAAGCCUCCUACAAGAGAAACGGAUACAAUAUAAAUGGGGGUUCCCGUUUUGCCUACAAGCCAAGGUGGACAACCAAUGGCAUGUACUGCGCUGGCCUAACGAAGUCCCUCGCUUCCUGCAGGCUGUAGGCCUUCCGACCAUACCCAUACCAAAUUGGAUUCUGGACUGCCCUCCGGCCCGACCGACCGGCCCUGACGUCCCAGCCGAGACCAUCUCCUCUGACGUGCCAUCAGGGCCUCACCGUCGCCAGGGCGGCCCGGGGGGGCCCCGAAGAAUAAGUGGAUAUCCCGCGCACUCCGACCCCUGGCAGCAGCGCCCCGGACUCUGGACCCCAGGGAACACCGAGGGGAAGCAAGUGACGAGACGCUCCCUACCCCCAGUCGUGAUAAUCUAG